CUAACAGUGAACCCCUCACUGAAGCCUAAGAGUAAAUCUACAUUGCCAGUGCCUACCCCAUUACGCUUCGCGACAGCUGAGUAUGCUUGAUCCCAAUUGUCGAAGUUUAAAAAAUGAGUCCUUUCCUGAUAACCUCUUAAUCAUUGACUUUUAACUAUUUAUCUAGACUUCACCUUAGCUUUCAAGUCGGAUACUUGAGAUUUGUGGGGGAAAGAAAUUGAUUGCGAGGUAAAAACUAUUCUACAAUCGACUUCCCUGGAAUCAACAUGUCUCUUCCUUUUCUGUCAGAGAAUUUGGAGAAUGACUCUCCCAUUACCAAGGAAAUCCUCCGGAAUUUGGCCUAUGAAUGUGGGUUUAAACUUUCAUCUGAUCAAGAGGCUGCCUUCCUUCUCGCUUCUCGAUCUGCACUGGAUAUUGCUACUGAGGUGGAUAAAUUGGAAGAUUACAUCGAUCCCAGCCUGAUUGCUGUACCAACGAAGGGUGGCCAGCGUACCUAUCGCAAACCUGAAGAGGACGAGAAUAUCCUCAACGGUUGGUGUCACCGAUUCGAGCUUGAGGCACUUAAACCAGAUAGUCAGCUUCUAAAAGGGUAUCAAAUAGCAUUGAAAGAUACUAUUGCAGUAGCAGGGAUUCCUCAAACUUUGGGCACAUCCCCCCAGUUUGUCUCGACCACCGGGGAUUAUCCCCACUCUAACAUCGAUGCUUCGGUGGUGUCACGGCUUUUGCUUGCUGGCGGUACUAUAGUGGGGACUACCACAUGUGAAAACUUUUCCCUAUCGCCCAUGUCCUACAGUGCUGCAUCCGGGCCCGUCCAUAACCCGUGGAGUCGCGAUUUCAACAGCGGCGGAAGCAGUAGUGGCGCUGCCACACUCGUUGCACUUGGCCUUGCUCGUGAGAUCGGCGUUCCAGGACUGCAGAAUGCCGGCCCUGAUGUCCAAAUGGCCAUCGGUGGCGACCAAGGUGGUUCGAUUAGGAUUCCAGCAGCAUAUUGCGGCAUCUACGGGCUCAAACCUACCCACGGAUUGGUUCCUUACACGGGAAUUGCUGGUCUUCUGCCUUUAAUUGACCAUGUUGGGCCUCUGGGACGUACUAUUGAGGAUAUUGCUCUAUGUCUGUCAGCCAUCGCUGGGUACGAUGGACUCGAUGCACGCAUGGGUCCAGAAAGCCCCUUGAGACAAAACGUAAGACCGUACCAUGAAGAACUCGCUGGCUUCAUCAAAUCAUUACCUACGGAUGGAAAAGUGACAGAAUUUUCAGGAGCUGGCAGACCAUUGCGCGUUGGGUUGAUUAUGGAAGGGUUCAAUAUUCCCAAAAUGUCCGAGAGUGUGGCUCGUAUAGUCAAGCAUGCCGCACUGGAACAUUUUACCGCCAGCGGUUCUCAUGUUUCGGAUGUCUCAAUUCCAAUGCAUUCUAUGGGUGCUUCCAUCUGGACAGCAGCUACGCGCAACCAGAUGGCGUCUCACGCCUUUGGGGGCAGGGCUGCCGACUUUUUGAUACAUGACCUGCCUCACAUUGAGCACCGCUGGCCUCCGGAUCAGGAAAUGUGCGACUCACUAACAAAGCUUAACCCAGCAGUAAUAAAUACGAUUCUGGGCGAAAAAAUACUCACAAAUCCAAAUUACCUGCCGAUCUCAGCUCAGAACAAGGCUCACCGCCACGUACUCCAGCUGCGCAAAGCCUACGACACAGCUUUUUCUAGCGGAAGUUUUGAUAUUUUGAUUACACCCACGACACCGACAGUGGCACCUCCUCAUCCAGAUAUGGCCUACGGUUCUGCCCUAGACAAACUCGAGCUCGCAGCUGGUUCUAUUAACAAUACUUCACCUUUCAACGCUACAGGCCAUCCCGCGCUGAGUGUGCCAUGUGGCUGGGGAACAGCUUCGGAUGGAGUCACUAAACUUCCUAUUGGAAUGCAAAUCAUAGGAAAGAGAUUUGAUGAUUUGUGUGUUCUCAAAGCGGCGAAGAUAUUUGAAUUAGCGGGAGGUGGUUUGGGUCCGUGGCCAGGGAAAGCAUGAUUUUCCACCACUGAUUAGACUAUGAUCAAAGCGUUGAGACGGAAUAGAAUACAUUAAAGUGACC